UGAUUUGAAAAGAUGUGACGUUUUGAAAACUUGUUAUUGAAUUCAGCUAUAAAUACAUUCAAUCUAACGCUUGCUUAGAUUUACGACGCUUCAAACAUAAACAAUAUUAUCGGUAAAUAGCCGGAAACGAUUCAGAAAUGCUUCCUGCAACUCAUAUUUUACGCACCAGAUACGUUACCCGCUUAGUCACAUCGAGUUUCAGCUCGAGCGCUUUAACAGUCCAACAUGAUCCUGCAAAUUCUGAAUUUGCGAUUCAUUUGCAUGGCAGCAAGGCAUUUGUGAGCUACACACACGAUCGUCAGAACAACAAGAUAAGCAUCGAUCACACGGACGUGCCCGAAGUUUUCCAGGGGAAAGGUGUUGGAAAGAAGCUGGUGGAGGCUGCCCUUCAGCAUGCGAUCAAGGAAAACCUCAAAGUUAAAAUUGUUUGUGACUUUGCUUUGAAAUACUACAACGAUAACUUAUCUCGCUUUGAAAAGAAUAUUAAAACUUGAAAUCGGAGUUUAUACAAGUAUGCUGUAAUCCUGUAGAUCUGCAAAUAGUGUCAAAUAAACCAAUUAUAUUUUAUUGUUUUACACUCA